UCUGUUUGCACCUCAACCGAAAGCAAAACAAAGUUAGUUCCCUUUAUUCUUCACCAAUAGUCUUCUGAAUCCUAUUCUUUUUUCCUUUAUGCCUCAGUAUAGUUCUAUCAUUGCUUUUAUAGCAUCCACUAUCCAAGCAUAUAUUUCCCUUCAGUUUACCUCUUAUCCCUCACCAUCUAGAGUCACAACUUGUUUCUGCUCCAAUUUUUCCAGGUCUGGGAACCAAGUUUUCAUUGAAACAGGUUACGGUUUUCUUGUUGCAGCAAUGGGAAUGGCAAUAUCUAGAUUGGUGAGGAUGCUUUUUGCAAAGAAAGAAAUGAGGAUAUUGAUGGUGGGACUUGAUGCUGCUGGCAAAACAACCAUCCUCUACAAGUUGAAACUUGGAGAGAUUGUUACUACCAUACCAACCAUUGGAUUUAAUGUUGAAACUGUUGAGUACAAAAAUGUUAGCUUCACUGUGUGGGAUGUUGGAGGACAAGAUAAGAUACGACCCCUAUGGAGACACUACUUUCAGAACACUCAGGGCCUGAUUUUUGUGGUGGAUAGUAAUGACAGAGAAAGAACAUCAGAAGCCAGGGAUGAGCUUCACAGGAUGCUAAGCGAGGAUGAACUACGCGAUGCAACCCUACUUGUCUUCGCUAACAAACAAGAUCUUCCAAAUGCCAUGACUGUUUCUGAAAUCACUGAUAAACUUGGCUUGCAUUCACUUCGCCAACGCCGUUGGUACAUCCAGGCUACUUGUGCCACCUCCGGCCAAGGACUUUACGAAGGUCUUGAUUGGCUAUCCAGCAAUAUCUCUAGCAAGGCAUAAUCCAGCCAGCCCUUCUUUCAAUAUAGAAAGUCAUCUACUCCCAAAGAAAGCCUUGAAAAUACCGGGAAUGAAGAACGUGUAACUAAAUUUUCAUUAUUAAGUAGAUUUUGAACCACUUUUAUGAUUAAGAGACUCUAAUAUAUAUGUAUGAUACACCAUAAAGAAAUGUUUGUGGGUGGAUCGAUAAAGUAGAUUCAGUAGUGGAUAACUCUCAUUUUGUACUAUCAACCAUAGAAAUAAAUGUAAGAAUACUUAAUUUGUUGUCAGUUUUACAUUUUAGUAUUCAUGAAUAGCUAACAGUUUCGGAGGGUAUAUAAGGUCAACAUUCCAAAGUCAUAAAAGUAUUUGGUACUAGCCAGAGAAGAGAAUUACAUGUUGUUGUUAUAACAAAAAUGUUAAACGUCUG